AAUCUGUGCGCUCCUGGCUGAAUUUCUGGAAGGUGCUGGGGCUAUCUGACGAGCUUCGAUGGAGCUGCAGUACCUUACUAAGAAAGACAGCGAGAUGGCACUGGUCAACGCUGUGGACUGGACAGCAGGAGGACUACCUGGUGACCAGGCAGACGCCGUUGCCAGCCAAGCUGCUUUCUGCUGCCAGAGACACUGUCCGUCCACCCUUAGAGCAGCUGAGAUGGAAGAGUGUAAAAUUGCUCCUUCUCCAGCUGCCCCCUUUUCCUCUCUCCAAGGUACCCUUCCUUCUCCAUCCGGCUUCGCACCAGACCCGCUUAACUCAGGAAAUGCCCAGAUCGCGGCAGAACGUAAAGUCUGCGACUGCUGCAGCCAGGAACUGGAAACUUCUUUCUCCUACGUGGAUGAGAACGUCAACUUGGAACAGAGGAACUGCUCUCCUUCCUCCAAGGGGAGCCAUCAGCCGGGAGAUGCCGGCUGGGGAGAUUCAAGCGAGUGGUCCCAGGAAGCGGCUAUGUCCUUAAUAUCGGAAGAUGAAGAUGACACAAGUUCAGAAGCCACGUCCGCAGGCAGGUCAGUGGACUAUGGCUUCAUCAGUGCCAUCUUGUUCCUGGUCACUGGCAUCUUGCUGGUGAUCAUCUCGUACGUGGUGCCCCGGGAAGUGACGGUCGACCCCAACAGCGUGGCAGCUCGGGAGAUGGAGCGCCUGGAGAAAGAGAGCGCCAGGCUGGGGGCGCACCUGGACCGCUGCGUGAUCGCCGGACUCUGCCUUCUCACACUUGGGGGUGUCGUGCUGUCGUGUUUGCUGAUGAUGUCUAUGUGGAAGGGGGAGCUUUAUCGGAGGCACAGGUUUGCCUCCUCCAAGGAGUCUGCAAAACUCUAUGGUUCUUUCAACUUCAGGAUGAAAACCAGCGCGAAUGAAAACACCCUGGAACUGUCCUUGGUAGAGGAAGAUGCUCUGGUCCAGAGUUAAAUCUGCUCUGAUGCUGUCCUUCCCAGCCAUCUGAAGUUCCUGCAGCAGACCAUGGUUUAGGAUGUUCUGGAUCCUUCAAAGGGGGAUAUCUUUUCCCCAGGCUCACCAUUUCAUAACUGACAUACUG